ACCGGAGACUACUGUUACCAGGACUGGGCAAGUAAGUGGUCUUUCCCUCCCUCCACAAUGGCUAUUUGGCUCUGGUCCCUUCUGAUUUUCCUGAGGGCAGAGGGCACAGGAGCACAUGAGUUUGGUUUCCAGACCUGUAAAAGUGCCGGUGUCUUGAAAGUGUUGGAAGUGCUGCCAGGGGGUGGCUGGGACAACUUGCGUAAUGUGGAGAUGGGACAAGUGAUGAGCCUCAAUUACUCUCUGUGCCAGACCACCGAAGACGGUGAAUAUCUAAUUCCUAAUGAUGUCUUUGUGGUGCCCCACAAGAAGAGCACUGUGGAAGUGCACUCGGAGCUUAUUGAGGACUGGAUGACAUACACAGAUGCUUUUGCUCAGUCCAUCAACGCUGAGGCUUCCUUCCUUUCAGUGCUUAACGGCAAGUUCUCAGAGAGCUCCCAGAAGACCAAGAUGCACAAUGUCUAUGAUGAAACAAUCACCACACGGGUGCAGGCAUGGUACCACAUCUAUUCCGUGAAAGCUCGUCCAUCCUUCACCUUCCAGAAGGACUUCCGCCACCAACUUGUGGGCAUUGGCAACCAGCUGGAAAACAACCAGAGCCGAAUCGCUGAGUACCUAGCAGAGAUGCUUGUUCUCAACUAUGGCACACACGUCCUCACAAAUCUGGAAGCUGGAGCCAGCUUAAUACAAGAGGACCAGGUGAAGCGCAGUUUUGUGAUGGAUAAAGAGACAGAAAAAGGAGGACUCACUGCUUCAGCAUCUGCCGUGUUUUUCAGCAAGAUCAAUGUAGGAAUCGGUGACUCCAUGCAAAUCCAAGAUGAGAUGACUAAGAGCUAUCUGGAGAAUACUGUGGAUUCUAAGAUUGAAGGCUGGGGCAGUGUGCCCUUCUAUCCUGGCAUCACCCUCCAAAAGUGGCAGGAAGGCAUUCCCAACAGUUUAGUGGCUAUAGGCAAAGCUGGGUUGCCGCUGCCGUUUUUUAUCACCCCUGAGGCCUUGCCAGAACUGCCAGGACCUACCGUGAGGCAAGUAGCCACUAUGGUGGGAAAUGCUAUCCGCCUCUAUUAUGCUGUCAACACCCACCCAGGCUGUGUCAAACCUGAUUCUAGUAACUUCAACUUCCAAGCUAAUGUGGAUGAUGGGUCGUGCCAAAAACCCAACACCAACUUCACUUUUGGUGGCGUCUUCCAGGAGUGCCAUGGUGUAUCUGGCAGGAACACAGAAGAGCUUUGUCUGACUUACCGUAUACAGAACCCACUGACAGGUAGCUACUCUUGUCCUGUUAACUUUUCCAGUGUAUUGCUGCAUGGAGAGGAACGUACAACAAGUAAACCCAAAAUAGAGUGCCACGAGGAGUGUCAUUCCUGCUGGCUGUUCUUUAGCUGCUGUAAAUCUGUGUGUGGUACACGCUACUAUGCCAGCACAGUGCAGUUCAAUGCCUAUUGGUGUGCUGCUACAGGUACAGUGCGUCCGGGCUCAGGUGUCCUCUUUGGAGGGUUGUAUAGUACUGGGCAAGAGAACCCAGUUUCCAGGACCUAUGCCUGCCCAUCCUACUUUUUCCCGCUGGUCCUGUUUGAUAAUCUAAAGGUGUGCAUCAGCAGUGAUUAUGAGAUGGGAUCUCGCUUUGCAGUGCCCUUUGGUGGCUUCUUUAGCUGCCAGACUGGCAACCCUUUGGCUGGGUUACUGAAAGGACAGAGCCCUGGGAUCCUUCAGGACUUUUUCUACCAGAACUCUCCAACCGAAUUCCCCAUGAAAUGCCCAACUGGAUAUAGCCAACACAAGGCCUAUUUGAGUGAUGGCUGCCAAAUCCUCUAUUGCUUGCAGGCUGGGACACUUUUUGGCCAGCAACUAGCUCCUGUCAAGCUGCCACCCUUCUUACGUGUGCCAUCCUCCAAUGCUAGCCUUCCUGAAACCAUCCUGGUGAGCUCUGAUGACAGCCAGGCCUGGGUGAAAAUACAUCAAAGUGGGAGCUGGAGGUUGGCCAAUGCCACAGAUGAAAGGGAGAUGGUCCGUCUUUUCCAGGGACAGUUGAAUUCGGGACCAACUGGGGGCACCAUUGCUGGAAUCUCAGUGGCAGUGAUUGGUGUCUUGGCAGCAGCAAUUGCUAUAGCUGUUUACAGGGUCUGGCGUUACAAGAAUAGAGGAUACCAAGAAAUGCAAAACCCACAUAUAGCAGAAGAUCAAGGCAGCUAUGGAGCCACCACAACUGCUCCACAACUCAAUACUGCCUGAGGCACAGGCCCGUAGCCAUGGGAGGGGGAGGGCUGUGGGAGACCUGCUCCUGACUUCUGGCCAGCCCCCCUCCACCCCCCACUCAGGGCUCCUGGCUGCUGUGGCUCAAGGAUGGUAGUGGUCCUUUCCCAACCCUGCUGCAGCCUUCUCCACUGUUCUCCCUUCCUCCCCCUUUCCUUCCCUGCAAUUUUGAAAUCACACGGGAGGGGCAGUAGAGCAGCCGCCAGCCUCUUGCACAAUUUUUAAAGGCCCACCAGUCAGCUGAUCAGUGGGGCCUUUAGAUAGUGUUUACCCCUCCUGCAUGGUUUCAGCAGGGAGAGUGGCCCAAAAGAGCAGCAGAGAGAGUGACUGCUUAAAAACAGCAGCCACUUCUACUGCCUCCUCCCCCCUUCUGGGUGUCAGGGGGCAGGGCCACUGGGGGCCAAAAAAAUUCAGGACCCCCCCCCCCUCCCAUUUCAAAAUCCUGGCUAUGGGGCUGCAGAGGUAUCCUUUGUCCUUGAAUCUCUGGAACAAAUAUGAAUGUUUUCGUGGUGGUGGUGGUGAAAUAUGAGCCCAGGAACCAGGGAGAGUGAUAACUGUUGGUUGGAGGGGUGGGGAGAAGCUAGUAUGAACUCUAAUUUCCUGGCAUGGACACCAAUGUUUAUAGAAAUAAAUUGAGCAGAAUAAUAAGCCUCAAGAGAUGGUAGUUUGCUUAUUGCUAGGCAAAACAAUGUGUAAUUAGCAACUGGUGAGGAAAUAAGGCAAUAAUGACAACAGGUAUGUCUGGUGGGGGGGGGGGGGACUUCUUUUGCGGAGAGAGAGAUCCAGUUUGGUUUAGUGGCUAAGAGCAGUGGAUUCUAAUCUGGUGAACCAAAUAUGAUUCUCCAUGCCACCACAUACAGCUGCUGGGUGACCUUGGGUCAGUCACAGUUCUCUUAGAGCUUUUCUCUCAAGAGCAGUGCUCUCAGCCGUACCUACCUCACAGAGUGUGUUGUGGGGAGAAGAACAGAAGGAGAUUGCAAGCCACUGAGAUUCCAAGUGAAGGGUGGGAUAUAAAUCCAAUCUCCUCUUCCUCCUCCCGUCCUCUUCAGAUCAUGGCAAUAAGUAAUUUGGUAACAGUCCUACUUUUACAACCACAAAAGUCUAAAAAGUGGGAGAGGGGAUAAAAAGGCAGUGGUCUGUGAUUUGAAUGCAGAUAGGCUUUCAAAUGAGGUCUUUUACACUUUCCCCCCAGCAAGCUGGGUACUCAUUUUACCGACCUCAGAAGGAUGGAAGGCUGAGUCAACCUUGGGCCAGCUGCCUGAACCAGCUUUCGCUGGGAUAGAACUCAGGUCGUGAGCAGAGAGUUCCGAUCACAGUACUGCAGUACUGCUGCUUUACCACACUGCGCCACAGGACUGCUAAGGCAAUGGCAAACCACCCCAUAAAAAAUCUGCCAGGAAAGCAUUAGAAUGUGACAUCACCCCAUGGGUUGGUAACGACUCAGUGCUUGCACAAGGGACUACCUUUACCUUUUACGCUUUCAAAUGACAUAGCAUUGUUAGUUAUUUUUUUUUCUUUUUUACUUUGUUCAUAAGCUGUUAAUUGAUGUUUAGGUAGAAACUUCCUUGGCAGUCAAUUUGUGCUUUUUCAUCUGACAAAAUAAACUAUUUUAUACUUUUA